UCACCUCGCAAUGGCCAAACCUUCCCUUCUCUCUCUUCUCUCUGUCCUCGCCGUGGCCGCCGCCUCCUCCCCUUCAAACUUCAUCAAAUCCUCCUGCAGCACCACCACAUAUCCUUCCCUCUGCUUCAAAUCUCUGUCCGACUACGCCUCCACCAUCCAACAGGACCCUCACCAGCUCGUCCAAACCGCCCUCUCCCUCUCUUUCAACAAAACCGCCGAGACCCGCGCCUACGUCUCCAAGCUCCGAUACAUCUCCGGCCUGAAACCCCGGGAACUCGCCGCCCUCCAAGACUGCAUCGAAGAGAUGGCCGAUAGCGUCGACCGGCUCGGCCGGUCCCUGAAGGAGCUCAAGCUGUGUAAGCCGAAAAGCCAGGACUUUUCAUGGCACAUGAGCAACGUAGAGACGUGGGUUAGCUCCGCCUUGACCGAUGAGAGUACUUGCAGCGAUGGGUUCGCCGGAAAAGCUUUGAACGGCCGAAUCAAAGCUUCUAUCAGAGCCAGAAUGGUUAAUGUUGCUCAUGUCACUAGUAAUGCUUUGUCUCUUAUUAACAAAUAUGCGUCUGGUAAUUACUGAGAGACAUAGAUUCAUAUAUAGUUCAUGAAGAUGAAGCUGAAUCUUUCAAUAUAUAUAUAUAUAUAUAUGGUUUUAUGUUUUGGUCUGUGUGUAUGCAGUCAGUUUCUUUUGGUUUUUGUUUCUUUUUGACGAUCGACCAUGUUAAUAAGCUUGGUUUGGUUGAAGUGUAAUUGAGAGAGCGUUUUAGUGUGACAUGAAGAAAUUAUACAUAGAAAUCUGCAGUUGUGUGACGUUUCUUGAGAGUUUUGUGAGAUAUUUAUUUAUUUUUCCUUUAAAAAUAUGCUGUAUAUAUAGCUGUAUUUGAU